GGAGGGGAAGGAGGGGGAGGAGCUUCAGGCGGUAGCCGCGCGGCCUGCUCCGCCCUGUCCGGAUCGGUGGCCGCAUGGCUUCGGCCUCCGCUGCAGCCCUGUCGAGCCGCGGGCCCCGGAAUCUGCUGCAGUUUCUGCGGCUGGUGGGGCAGCUCAAGAGAGUUCCACGGACUGGCUGGGUGUAUAGAAAUGUCGAGAGGCCAGAGAGUGUAUCAGAUCACAUGUACCGGAUGGCAGUUAUGGCUCUGGUGACCAAAGAUGAUCAUCUUAACAAAGACCGAUGUGUACGCCUAGCCCUGGUUCACGAUAUGGCAGAAUGCAUCGUUGGGGACAUAGCACCAGCAGAUAACAUCCCCAAAGAAGAAAAACAUAGGCGAGAAGAGGAAGCUAUGAAGCAGCUAACCCAGCUUCUCUCAAAGGAUCUCGGAAAAGAGCUUUAUGAACUUUGGGAAGAGUAUGAGACCCAAUCUAGUGCAGAAGCCAAAUUUGUGAAGCAGCUGGACCAAUGUGAGAUGAUUCUUCAGGCAUCUGAAUAUGAAGACCUUGAGAACAAACCUGGGAGAUUGCAGGACUUCUAUGAUUCCACAGCAGCCGCAUUACCUCUGCGCUAGACAAGACCCUCAUUAUUUCUGUAUUGGACUGUUGUUAUAACCACCUAACUUAACCUGCCAGGCUUUCUAGUUGAUCUCGCAUGUCUCAAUGUUUUCCUCUUUUGCAGAUAGACAUAUCAUCACAUCUUUGUUUUUAAAACUCUUGUGACUUUUCUCUUCCUAAAAAAUAAAAUCCUGAUACUUCCGUGUGACUUAAAAAGCUCUGUAGUCUGAGACCACUCAUUUCUCUGGUUUCCUUGCCUAAUCUUCCCCUAAUUCCCAUCAGAAUUAAGUAUUUCCUUCAUUUCUUCAAUCUGAACUUGGUCUAGGGAUUGCCAUCGUGUUGUCACAGUCUGACUUGUAUUCUCCUUGAUGAUGAUCCUCGUUGGGUCUCUUCUCAGACCCUUACUUGGUCACGCCUCCCCACCCCCACCCCCCGCUCCCCCAUAGGAAGUUGUU